AUGACAUCCAUCAUGCAAAACCCUAAGGAUGCUGACAUGUGGACCGAAGCGUUCCGCGGCAAGUAUCAUGGGGGACGUCCAUACGAGCGUAAAGAUUGGGACCAAUUGCUCGGCCACGUUGAGGCCAUCACCGACUUUCCUGGCGCUGUCUUCGUCGAGGAGUUGACGCAAGCCUACCCAGACGCUAGAGUGGUUCUGACUCUGCGCGACCCAGACGACUGGGUACGGUCCAUGAAGCAAACUAUUAUGGCACAGACCUACAGCCCACUUGCCACGUUCAUGGGCUGGAUUGAUUCAGAGAACUUUGGCAAUGGCAACCGGAUGUGCCGCAUCGGCUUCGACGGGCUCUUCCGCGGUGAUUUCGAGCGCUAUGGUCGCCAGGCUUUUGUUGAACACUACGACCACGUUCGCCAAGUUGUUCCCGCUGACAAUCUUCUUGAAUGGAAUCCCAAAGAGGGGUGGGAGCCACUCUGCAAGUUCUUGGGCAGACCGAUCCCCGCCACACCCUUCCCUCGGGCUAAUGAUGCUGCUGUCUUCAAAAAUAAAUCUGCCUCCGUUGUGCGGUCGGCAUUCUUGCGCCUGGCUAAGAAACUCACGAUCUAUGGCUUGGGAAUUACGAUUGCCUAUUUCAUUGCGCACUUUGGGCGUCGAUUCUUGCCGAAUUACGGUCGGAAGAUCCUCUCGGCUUUCAAGAAGUCAUUAUGA